AUGGCGUCCACUUUGGUGGAAAGUCAACUAAAUCAACUUUUUAGGGACAUAUCCUCGCAGUUUUCUCCAGCUGAAUCAGAGGAUGUCGUGAAGUCUUCAAAACGAAUUUAUGGAAAGCAAUUUGAAUCGCUGGGAAAUGAAGAUGUGUUGUCAUGUUUGGAUCGUUUGUGUAAGUUCGGUUAUAUAUCGAGUAAAAAACUGACUCUAAUCAAGGAGUCCAUUGCUACAAGAUCAAACAAUGAGCAGGACAUUAACAAAAGAGUUGAAGACUUUGAGAUCUCCCGUCCAUCGCAGCCUGAGCCGGAAAAGGAAUUACACGGAAGAAUUGAGGAGUUCAAGGAGAUUACGGAAAAACUUAAAAUGAAGCCUUUUGUUGUUAAUUUGUAUGGAUCCGCGGGAGUGGGAAAGACAACUCUUGCUAGGAACAUUUGUGAUAAAUGGGCUGGUGAGAAAUAUGUCUUUGAUUUAAGAGAAGCUAAAGAUAUGACGGCAGUUUAUCUGAACAUCAUGGGUAAACUUGACCUAAAUAUCCAAAACGUUCGUUUUGAUAUGGGUACUGUUGUUGGAAGAAUUCAUGACCUGUUGAAUGUGACAAGCAAAGGUCCUCCUGUUCUGUUACUUCUUGACAAUGUGGAUCAGUUCACUGAAGGAAAGGGAAAGGAGGGCAAGAACUUAAGAACACAAUUUUUGUACUUCCUGGGAAAGCUGUCAGAGUUUGAUGGCGAGAAAGGUUCCCUGAGCAUGCUUCUGACCUCAAGGACUCAGCUGAAUAAUUCAGAGAAGGUGUCUGAUUUUAAGUUGCAACCUCUUACAAAUAAUUUUUCAGAGAAAAUCUUGCUACCUACAGAAACAUUUCAUGUUGAGGCACAGCAGAAGAAGAAGCUUCUUGACAUCUGCAAAGGAGUUCCAUUGCUAUUGAAAGGAACAGCUGCAAUUUUGAAACAAAGGAGAAAGUCUCCCAGUGAUCUGAUUGAUGAGAUAGAAAUGAACUCUAAAGAGGAAGCUGGAGUUCCUGUGAAAUCAAAAUAUGAAGAGGAUACAGAAGAAAGACCCUUUAAUUCAGAAGAAGAAGGCAUUGAUGAUGAGCAAAUAUCAGUGAUCAGAGAAAUGUUCUAUACUUUACCAUCUGACACUUUGAGGCUUUCUGCUGUAUCAGUAUCAUUGUUUCAUGGGCCCUUUACUGCUUCCACUGCUGCCAAAAUUCUUGGUGUUAGCAUGUCCGAAGCAGUGGCACAGCUUGAAGGAUUAGUAACCAAUGAAAUUAUUCAUGUAGUUGACGAAGAUGCCAAGCAGUUGAUGUAUGACAUUCAUCCACUUUUAAGAAAGUAUGCUGAAAGCAUUAAAAAUGAUGCCAUGUUCUAUGAAUCUUACACUGAAGCGAAGGGCCGAUUUUAUGAGCACUUUAUGUCAAAGAUGAAACGAAUUGCUGGAUUUAUAGAGUCUAGCUACAUCAGGGCAUUUGAUGAGUUUAAAAGAGAUCGUCCAAACUUUGAGUUUGCCAUUGACAUUGCCUUGUUACCAGAGUACUUUAGUGUUCCAGGUGGAUACCGUGAAAGUGCAUUGAUUGUGUCCCUUUUUAAUGCCAUGUUGUCUGGAAAGAAGCAGACUAAGCUAUUCCAUUCCUGGGCAGAGAUGUGCAAAGAUGAUGGAAACUUAGGUAUGUUUUUCUUUUCAUUAUUUUAUUGCAAGGAAAUGACAAAAAUCCCUGCAUAACUUUUUAACUAGGUGUCUCAAAUUGUUUUCUAGUAUUUUAUUUUCAUCCCAAAUACCGAUACUGCACUAAAAAAUUUCAGAAUUCUGUCAUCAAAGCAAAUGCUCUCUUGUCAGUGAAUUACUCACAGUAGUUUCACAGGUUUUCUUGCCAAUAUUAUGACCCAUUUAUUUAAACAAAAUAGCCCUUUCCAUUCCAUGUAACUGGCAUUUGGACCUUACCAAGACUAACCAACACCAGUACCACUGGCCUUACCACUGCUUCUACCAAUACCACUUCCACCACCUUUACCAGCAGCAUUACCACUACCACUACCCAGUGUUCUCCCUAAAUUUUACCUCAGAAGGUAAGGGACCAGUUUUGGCCAGUAAGGCAAAAAAUAUGCACCAGAGGCACAAUUUCUUGGGGAGGGGGGGGGGGGAGGGGGUAGUGGAGUGAGGGACAUGGCCUCACCCUUACUGGGAAAUUUUGGAGCUAAGUUUCCUCAAACAUCGUUCCCUUAUAUUAAGACCUAUUUUAUGGAAAUCUGCCAUAGUUAUCUUAAGAGAACAAAAAAAGAUUGAUUCCAAUAAUUUUACUGUGUCUUCAAUGUCCUCUUUGCAAAAUGCGUGGCCCAUAAAACGAAAAGCUGUGUAUACUUUAGUACUUUUCCAUAUACAACUAUUUCAAGAAAGGUUGUCAGACAAAAUGCGCACGCGGCAAUCCCGAAAGGUAUUAUGGGGUAUGAUCAACAGACUGUUCCUGACACUAUAGCUGUCAAACCUACUCUUGUUUCUUUUCUAUAGCACUCGUAAACAUACGUCCAUGGCUUUUUGUGCCAUUCUUCUAGAUUUCUUUAAAGAACAGUGAACUGAAAUCCACCCACAAUACCUUUCGGGAUUGUUGCGUGCACUUUUUCCAACAACCUUUUUCAAAAUAGCUGUAUAUUUAUUCAUUCUCCUUGUGAGAAUUGGAUCAGAUCUCAACUUCCCUUCUUGUAAUCUACUUUUUUAAAUUUUAGUGAACCUUCAAGUUGUUGUAGGCAGUAAGAAGUGUUGCUUCAGGUGGUAAAUUUUACCAGUUACCACCUGUUAAAGAGAACACUCACUACCACUACCACUACCAAAACCACUACCACUACCACCACCACUACCAGUACCAUCACUACCUGCACCUUCACUACCACUGCCACUACCACUACCACUACCACCACCAAUACCACUUGGUUUGUAAUUAAUUUUAGAAAUGAGCAUUAUUUUUUGUGAUACUAUAAAUGUUAUGGUGGUACAAAUAAAGCAUUCUACUACAACUACUAGCAGUUCCACUUCCACCACCACUACUAGUACCACUACAACCACCACCACUACGACCAAUACCACAACCACCUCUACUACCACCACAACCACCAAUACCACCACCACCACCACUACCACUACUACUUCCUCUACUACUAUUACUACCACUGUUGCUACCACAACCACCAUUACCAGUACCAUUACCAAUACUACUACCAGUGCCAUAACCACAGCCACUAUUACUGGCACUUCCAAUAUUGCACCAGAGUGCCCCAGUCAUCACCACUACUGCUUUCGCCACCACUAUGAUGGCCACAAGCACUACAUCUGACACUUCCACCACCACUUGCACUGCUACUGCUACUGUUCCUGCUGCUACCACAACAGUACAAGACAGCAUCAUGUUACUAACUCUGCCAGUUUCUCUAGCACUCUGACAGAUGAGGUAUAUUUACAAAGAGAAUCAAAUAGACUUAGCGUGUCAAGGUUUACAAUUGUUGCAAAUGUAAAGUGUCCCUUUUUUGCAGGUUCAUUAUUUCACGCUCAGUUACGAUGUUGGGAAGCCAGGCUGGUCUCAGAAUCUCAGGGUGCUCAGAAAGCUUUUGAAGUGUUGGAAAAGGCAUCCACGUCAUUAAAACAAGUUGAUGACAAAUCUACCGAAUCUUUCAAGCUGACCCGAGGGCUAUACUUGUAUUUUCAGGGAGAAAUCUACUACCAAAAUAGAGACUACCACCAAGCGAUUGAAUGUUUAGAGUCCUCUUUAGAUCUCAUGGAGGGUCCGUUAAAACUUGACACCAAUCUUGCCAGGUGUUAUAACGCUCUAGGCAAUUGUUAUUACGGACUUGGCAGACCGGAGAAAGCUCUUGAGUUCUACAACAAGGCACUUAAAAUGCGAGAAGAAUUAUCCGGCUCUGAUUAUCACUACGACAUGCCCGUUUACAAGAAUCAGAUUGGCACAGUUCAUGAGGACAAAGGAGAGUAUGAAGAGGCAGUGAAAUGCUACAAAGAUGCUCUUGAACUUUUAGAGGAGCUCAAAUGUUUGGGAUAUGAAGAUGAAGCACUGUUUUGUAGAAAUCUCGCCAAUGUUUACGUUCGCCAAGAAAAGUACAAAGAAGCCGAAGAGGAGGCAGAGAAGGCGUUUAAAAUCAGACAUAAAAUUCUUGGAGAUCACCCGGAUACUGUGCGAAGCAUUUUUCAACUGGGAGUCAUUCAAGCAAACUUAGCGACUUAUGACAAAGCCUUGGACUUUUUCUUAAAAGCUUGGAAAAUGGAGAAAUUAUUGGGUGCUGGGAACCAAAGUGCGGUUUGGAGAAAAAUUAUCAAAGGCGUCUUUGAUAUGCAUAAAUUCCUAAAGAAGAGAGGUGCCGAAAAAGAAAAAGAAGAGUUUAGGCAAGACGCUUUGGCAUUUUGUGAGCGUUUCUGGAAAGAAGAGAAAGCUUCUCCACAGUUUAACUUUACUCCUUACAAUAAGGAGAUUAUUGAUGCCAUACUAUAUCUACUGGAGAAAAGAACCAGUUUGUUUGGAUUGACAGAUAAGAAAGAAAAAGCUCUCAUAGACAAGUAUGAAAGAGAAGCUCUCUGGUUCUAUGAUGGAAUGCAAGGAAUUACCGAGGAAAGCUUUAACAAUGAAUUUGACGGGACCACAGACAAUAAUCUGCUUAAUGAACUGCUGAGAGAGAGAACUGCUUUCUUCGACAAGUUAAUUGAAUUCUGUAGUCGACACGAUAAGCAUGAAAAACUUCUUAAGCACAAACAGGGGAAGAUGGCGCUGUUUAAGAAAGUCCUUGUCAGGUCCGAUUUUGUCGGUGAGGAGAAACAGGAGAAAUCAACGCUAAAAGAAGCGGUGGAAGAGUUGUAUAAGGACAUUGGAGAGAAAAACAGUAUCAAGAAAUUUAAAGAAAACCUCUUGGCAACCUGGCAAAGGCAGUGGGAAGAAGGAAAACGUGCAGAGGAAUCAAAAGUGAAGUUGGUGGCUAGAGAAAAAAUGAUCAAGGGAAUACUACAAUUGUGCGACGAACUCAAAAUGAAAGAUCUUCGUAAGAGAUAUAAGAAAGAAGAAUUGAAUUUUCGUGAAAGAUUAUGGGAAAUACGAUACACUGAAAUGGAACCUUCCGUUAAGAAGAAGUUUCUUAAUAAGAUGAGAGAGCUGGCGUCUUCGAUUGGAGAAAAAGAAAGAGUGAAAGUCUACCUUGCUGCAUUAAAGGUAAAAUUUUGGGGUUAAAAACCUACCGUUUUCCAACUUGGCGGUAAAGAGUCCUCCUAUUUUGAGCAUUUACUGUAGUCUACACAGAGUGUAGGAUAUUCACUAGGUUCUUUUACAAAAAGGUUCUUAUAUUUUAAGAGGGAAAUGCCAGUGAGCUGUGAUAAGACUAAAAUUAUUGUUAUGUUUAAUAAGAUCUCACUCAGAGCAGGCGAUCACUCUCCACGAAUUUUUACUGCUUUUUACUGCUUUUCCUUUUUUAUGUCUUUUUUUUCCUUGAUGCGCAAGAUUUUUGCUUGAAUUUUUUUGUUGUUGUUGUUUUAAAUGGUGGUCUAAAUCUUAAAAGUUUAGCCUAUAGGGUCUAUUAAUUUUUACAUCACUUUGUAGGUUUUGAUGAACGGUUUUUACUGUAUAUUUUCGGUAGUGUAGAGAUAUUUUUAUUCUCACCUUCAUGAAAUUCUAGUAACGUUGGUUUGAGAUCGAACAUUACACACCACUUUUUUUAAAUGAAUUUUUGUUUUUGAAUAUCCAAUAAUCAAACAGGCAAAAUUUGAAAGUCAGUUACCGAGUGUUUAUGACUAUGCCUUGCUUAUUAUUUUAUAUAUUAAUUUUUUACUUUUCCUGCUAUAUUGUAAGUAAACAAUAAAGGGUUAUAAACUCGCAAAAAUGACGAACUUAAAUAUGGCAUUAAACUCGAACCUUUUUUCCUACAAAAAAGUCCGGUGUGUCUUUUAUCAUGUACCAUACUUUACCUCUAAUCCGUUUUAUCUUAACAAAUUUCUCUUAUAGGAUCUGAGGGAGAAAAAACAGCCAAGCACCUCGCUAACACCGAGAGGUAACAUUUCAUGAUGAUUUCUUAUUGAAUAAUAAUCAGUCAAUCUUAUUGACUAAUAAUUAAUCAGUCUUAAUUGUUCUCCAUAGCGCACUUCGGAAAAGGGUGAUAGCCUGGGACCCAAACUAAGCGCGCGCUCAUUUAUGGGAUUGUUUGGGGGACAAGUCGAGCAGCCACCUUUACGAGACAUGCAAGUUGUUUUUGCUAAAAUUGCUCCAGACACAUCGUCCUCCUUCUGCUUCACGUUUUCAUGUUUUUUUCUGUCAAUUCCACUUCCCGUUUUGCCAUUUUGAGCUGUUUUAACCCUGCUGAAACAUUCCACUUCUCUGUCCGCCUGUUUGUUUACAUUCGCUCCCCCCCUCCCCCAAAUAAUCUUAUAAAUGCGCGCGCGCCUAAUUUGGAUCCCAGGCUAUCACUCUUUUUCGAAGUGAGGUAUUGUCAAAGUGGUUUCUCAGUGCAAGCAUCUGUUUGCCUGGGGCCCGUUUCUCGAAAGUCCCGAGAAGCUGUGUCCGUUUAUGAAACAAAAUGGAGUAGACUGCUAGCCAGGACUCGCGCUCUCAUUCUUUAUAUUUCGAUUUGAAUAUUUGUUUUCGGGCCCGAAAAGUUACCGGGGCUUUUGAGAAACGAGCCCCUGGCUUCCAAACUGUACAUGCUCAAGAAAGAUCUUACUCGUUUCAUACAUUUAUUCCCGAGUACGCAAAAUUCGAGGAGGUGAAAGAAGUGCUCUGCCAGCUGGGUAGGAAAAGAGCGAUAGGAAAAUAAAAAGAAACUUAAGAAGGCUUUUGGUAAGGCCGAUACUGGGGUGAUGACGCAGGUGUGGACCUACCCCUCCCCUAAGUGACAAUUUUGCCCUAGGUGAGAAUUAAUCGUUAAUGUUGACUUAUGGGAGGGGUAGGUGCUCAGUUACACAGAAACCUCAACUGAUCUGUAGUUAGUUCUCUGAUCUAAGAUUUGAUUGCCAUACGUUUAUAACUGUUUUACUUGGAUGCUACUCCUUGGACAGGAAUCAGAGUGGCAGAAAUAUCUACCUCAUGAAUAUGAUAUAUAUAUCGUAUCCAGUUUUUAACUUUUGGGGUCAGUUAUUUAAACGGAGACUAACCAGUGUUUAACAUAACCGCGUCCUAAGCCAUUUUCAGUUUGCCGAACGCUUUUAUUCAAAGACAAUUUAUCGUGAACAGUUUCAUGAAAGCAAAUAGCGUAGACUGGAAAAGCAUUUGUCUUCUUAAAAUAACGCACUAAGAAAGACCUGAGAUCUGGAUGUCCAAAGAUUUUUUAAACCGCGAUCUAACACGGACUUCGUUUAAAUAACCCGACUCUUAGGGUAAAGGCUUUUUCCAUUGUACUACGAGGUUUGGCCUAGGUACGAUAGCUAACAACACAUUUGUAGAUAAUAAAUACCGCUAAGUAAAGAAACCUAAAACUCGUCGUUAUCUCGGUUUUUUAUUUUUAUUAUUAUUUUUUUAAUUUCAAGUCCUUCAAGUACAGAUGAGCUCUUUGCUCGAAAAAUUCUCGUCGGAUGCUGGCGAAGAGGAAGAAGAAGAAGUAGUAGUAGAAGCUGAAAAAGACGCUGAAGCGGUAACUGCGGAGGCUUCUGGGACAGAAUCAUCUGAGGAAGUGACCACAGUAGGUUCAGAAGAGGAUAUUGUAACCCUGCCAGAGCAAGAAGUUGAAGGAGGAUCCCAAGAAAUGAUUGUGAGUGGGCCUGAAGAAAAGAUUGAAUUAGAGUCUGAAGACGGAACUCCAGUUAAAAACGAUUAUAUCGUUGUAUUCAAGUAAGUACUUUAAUGUGAUAUUCAGUAAAAUCUUCCUAACGCGGAUAUCGUCAACUUCCGCUCAUAAGCUCUUGGCUUAUUCAACUUCGUAAGGGUUUUAAGAGGGCUCACGAGGGGGUGGGGGUGGCGGGGAGGAGUUGGCUGUAACCGUACUAAAAAAGCUACAUAGCAAUGUCGAUCAAAAUACUUUUUGAAUUUCCUCGCUUUUUUAAGCUUAAAAAAAAAUCGAACUCAUUUCUGUGCAAACUAGAGGGGGCUUACAUCUGACGGAAAUAAAAACCGGAUGUAUCUUCUGUUUACAGAUAGAUAGGCCCACAACUAGGUGGGCGGAACUUAGAAACGAAGAUUCAAGUGCCAAUGAUGUCGGCUUGAAAAGGGCUAUGUCAUGUCGUGUUUCCAAUUUUGAUAUUAAAACUUAGAUGAAAUUAAGUAAGCCUCUUCUUGUUAUUUUUUCCACCGCGGAAGAGUUUAACUUGAAAAAAGUUGGCCUAUUUCACCUGUGGUUGCUUGUCAAAACUUUAUUUUAUUUUUAUUUUUAAGGGAUAUGGUGUCCAAGCAAGGUACGUACUGGAAUCUUAAACAAGUGGCCGCACACGUUACAUUCCCUCCUGAUGCUGUAUCUGAGGAUAAAACAGUAACUGUCUUUAGAAGGAAUUCAUCGGUUUGUUCCCCUCCUUUGAAUGACAAUGAAGCUAUUGUCAGUGGCAUUAUUGAACUAUCGACCGACAACGCUCAAGGUUUCGAAUUUAGCAAAGCUGCGACACUGGUGAUUUCCCAUUGUGCAGCAGAUAUAAAAGGAUAUGAGGUUGUGGCGAAAAUGUUGAUUGACAGGGAUACUAACGUGUGGAGUGACAUUUCUCAGACCGUUGACAUGCGGUCGUUAGCAGGUAAGGAAAAGGCGCUGAUGAGACAGUCACGUGAUUAGUUCAUGACGAAGGAACCGUAUUCCCCGGUGUGGUGGGCUAUCUCAAAUUCACACUCUCUAGGGAUAAUCAUUACUCAUUCCGGAUAAUUUUACGUUUCUGGGAAACUGUCCACCUACCCCUCCCCUAAGCCAACAUCAACUCUUACUUCUCACUUACGGCAAAAUGUUGGCUUAGGGGAGGGGCAGGUGGGCAGUUUCUUAGACACGUAUAAUGAUCCCUCAUUCCUUGACUUGUAAACUGCGCCACAAGUAGUCUGGCAAAAGCCCGCUAACCAGUGUUGUAAAUUAUCCCUGAAAAGGCCUUUGUGGCGGGGAGGGGGGGGAUAAUAGUUACGAUAUUUACAGUUUACAACAAUAGCAGCUAUAUGUAGCAUUGUAGAGCAGAUAUUGAUAGUACAUAUGACGAGCUGCAGAAAGGGCAGUCUUUCGUGGGGCGUUUUCACCUGAUUUUUUUUUUGUUAAAAUAAUUAGGUAACUUAGAUCAAACCGUAUAAUAAAGUCAAACAAAGAAAAAAAUCAUGAUUUGGUUAUAGAACGUUGGAAAAUAGAAAGUUGUUGCGCAAUUGAGAUUAUUACUCUUUCAAAAUAAUUCUGCGUUUCUGAUUGGCUAAAAUCACACGCAUAAGUCAUCAUAACCAGCUACAGUUGACCUAAUUUGGAAGAAUUUUGCCAUAUUGAAAAGAUGACGUCAAAGGUACAGCAAAGUUGCUGAUUAUUGAAGCGUUAACCGAGAAAACCUGGGGACGAGGUUGAUUUGUUUUCGAAGUGAGUAAAGGUAAAGUGAGUAAUGACAGAACAUUUUACUUGUUUCACGGCGAACUAUUGUCUAUAAACAUGGCAAGAACAGCAAGAAGACAACUCGACGGACGACAUCUGCUAUUUGAAACAUAUUUGCAGACCUGAACAGCCCUUUAUCUCCUAAGCUUCUCGAUAAAGAUGCACUAUCGAUAUGACUGAGGUAAGCAUGUCUUAGCUUGAUUUUAAACUUGGAAUUAUUUUGAAUGAUCUUGGAGUGUGUUAUCCACCUUUCAUACUCAGUCUCAUUCAAUAAUUGCUAAAUGGCUGUUUUAUACAGGCUGUCUUUCAGUAGAACCGGUUUGACUGCAUCACUAAACUGGAAAACUGCAUUUUUUUUUUCAUUACAGACAUCCCUGCCUCAUCAAGUGGUAUUCCUGAUUAUUUUCUACCGGUUGCUGAGUUUAAAGUAACACAGUGCUCAACGUUUGCAGUUGUUUGCCGUCUGAAAUCGAACGAGUUCACUCUUACUUCUGAAGGAAAAGUCCUUUCUUUGCCUGAGCAUCCACUCUUUAAUGUUUCUAUUCCUGAACAUGCUGUACCGAAAGGCGAAGAGCAUCAUGUCGUCGUCAAGGUUAGUUAAUAAUUUCUCCAUAACGCUGGGUAAGGCAUAGUCUCUUACGCAACCAUUUUAGUGUCGUCACGCAACGCUCGUCACCCUCCCUGUGAAGGUGCGUUGCGUGACGUCCCAAAGAACGACUACGAAGGAGACAAAGCAUAUUUGCAAACCUGAAUGUCUUCCUUCAAAUAAUUCAAAGUAUUACUGUUGUCAACACCGUGUUGAUUUUCCAUACUAUCUAGCUCCCUUAAGAGUGAUCAAAAGGAGGAAUUCUUCAUAAUUGAUAAACGUGCGCUUCUUCCGUCACUGAAACUUAGCAACGUGUCUGCAUUGAAUUGUGUGAAGCUACUAUUCAAAAACCUUUCAACUUACUUGACCCUGGUUUGCAGUUAAGCCUGACACGUACCUUUGUACAGCUAAUAUGAAUGUAGAGCGGAUCAAGUGUAUAAAAACUGAUAAAUAAAUAAAUAAAUAAAUAAAUGAAAACAAGCUCUCGAAUUACUGUUCCAGAUCACCUCUACAUUUUAAGUAAAAUAGUGAUAAAUACAAAUUUUACAACCUUCUAAUAUUUCUCGUCUCUGUGAUUAGUUGCAGGAAAUUCCCCAAAAAGAAUUUAAGGGGAAGGAUGUAUGGGCUGGCCCUAUACUCAGAAUCACAAGCCCUGUCACAUUGCAGUUUCAGCAGCCUGUAACCAUACAGCUACCAUUGUCUCUCAGGGACGAAAGCUGUCCAGCUCCUGGCAUGUCAACGUAUCGCGUUCGGAUCUUGUUUCAAGAGUCAGCUUCUGGACACCAGGAAUGGACUGACAUCACCGAACGCCUUGUCACGCCUGCAAGUUGCGAUGGAAUGGUGUUUGAAUUCAGCGUCACGCACUUCUCUGUGUAUGUACCUUGUAUUACUGUUAUAUUAGGGAGGCGUGACCCAGGGCUGUCAGAAAGUUUUUAAGUAGCAGGCUGAUAAUGAAUAGUAGGCGGCUUUUGAACUCGCACCGAAGGCACAAGUUCUUGAGGGCCGAGGCAUCUAGGGAUAUUGUGAAAUUUAGAUCCUUGGAAAUGGUAUUUCCAGGGGUUUUCAAGAGGUAUUUUUCACCGCGGACGCCAUGUCGUUUGGUCAGAAUGUACGCAGACGGGCAACGAUGCCGUCGAAAUGUCCCAGGCGUUCCACGACAUCGCACGGUUCGAAUGUUUCACAGAUCUAAACCUGUUUAAAUAUGCGUUCAAUGUCAUUCAAAACUGGGAAACGUAUGCUUUACCAUUUUAUUCAAAGGUGCCUAUUUUUUGUCAGCAGUUAUGGUAGAAGGAGAUGAAAGUAGCCUGCCAAGGAUGGCUAACUAGCUGGCGGUUUUGGCCGGCUUCUGGCCCUUAUUAACAGCCCUGGUUGCCUGAUUGUUAGGGCGCUGCGCUUGCAAUCCAGAGGUCUCGGGUUCAUACUCGGGGACUACUCAAUAAAGUUUUAUGCGGGGAGGCUCCGCCCCGAGGUCCAACCCCUUACCCUUUUAUGUACCAUUUUUGACAGAAACGGUACCCCUUUCGUAUACCUUCAUUUGACACCCCUUUCACGUACCUUGUUUAGAACGUUGCAUCCUUCGAACCGCUGUAAAUGCACUGUUUUUUAAAGUAUGAAUUCAUCACUAAAGAACAAAGUUUUCUUGACUUUUUCACAGCAAUACAAUGCGUCUAUUAGCCCUUUUACGGUCCUUUUAGAGACCGAAAUAACAGAUUUCUGUUUCCUCAUGUAUACUUCAACUGGUGAAAGCACUACCCUUUUAUAUACCUAAAACCUAAAAAAGGCACCGCUCUCGGACGUAGCCUCCCCGUAUACGCUAUUCGCCACUUGCACUUCUCCCAUAAUGCACCGUAUUUGCCCCCCAAAAUUUUGUAUAAGCAUUGUUUCCAGUUUCUCUUUGGACGGCUGUAACACCCAGGAGAAAUGAAAAACAAAGGUUUUGCAUUUUUUUUUUUGGCGGGAAGGGGGGUGGGAGCUGAGGGUGCAAAUAAGGUGCACUUUAGGAGAUGUGCAAGUGGUGUAUUACAGGGAGUACCCCCCGGGGGUUGACAUACUCCUCCUUUUUUUCGUCGACACGUUUCCACGGUGUGGAUAAGGUCUUUAACAGAUAAAUAUCCUUCUUGCAUGUUCUGUUAAAAACGUAUGAUUUAGUAACCGUCUUAAGACUUAUAAAGGCUCUUCUGAGCAUUGUCUAAGAAUACAAAGAAGUUCCGCAAAUGACUUCACGAAAUUAAAAGUUCUCCCAGGUUGAAUUUUUUUUUAUGUGCUUCAGUCAAGUGACCUAGUGUGGUAUGACCUAAACAUUUGGACCAUAUAACCUUUAUUCUGAGCAGAAGAAGUAACUGUUUAUCUCACCCGAGUUUGAACUUCAUUAGUGCUUGUAAGAUGGCAGUGGAACGUUACUGCUUGAUGGUCACUGUCUAUCCUGCUAUCAUUAUCCCCCACCCAAAUCUCGUUUUCAUAGCUGUUUAAUCGAUCUUUCGUGGUAUGCGCGCACUAAAAUAUGUGAUUGUUUCAAUACAGGUUCUGGUGUUGGCUGGAAUGGUGUGCACAGCCUAUUGUCUGGCUACGAGAAGCAAUGUCUUGCGACACAAGAAGAGUGGGGAGAGCAGCAUUUUUUGCAGCCUAUGUCCCAAGGGAUACCCGUGUUAAUUUUAGUUCGAAACUCAGGUUGUUUUGCAGUCCAGCGGACAAGAGAGGAAAGCUCCACGAGGAUGAGGUGGAGCGGAAUAAUGUCUGGUUAGGGGAUGGAAGUUCGUUAGAGUUGAUGAAUCCCGAAGACAAAGCGUAUGUUUUUCUUUCAGGAGACGUCUUGAGAUCAGUAAAACAAGCCGGAAAAUUUGUCUGGUAAUAAUAUCGUAUUUAAUUGGUGAAUGAGGUCCCGUUGACUUAUUUAACGUUGUUCAGAGCUGGGAAUAGAGUUUCAGCAAAGGCUGAAGUGAGGCGUUUUCUUUUUUAAUAUAUCUCGACGCUGCCCAAUUCGUAAUGCUUAUUUUUCUGGCUCUUAUAGAGACCACUUGGCCAAAAAUGUUGGCAAACCACUGCCGAAUAUUGCAAAAUGUCCAUUUUCGGUUGACGUGCGUCGCUCAAAAACGUGUCUGCUUAAAACCCCCUCAGGUCAUCAGGUCGGUCAUCGGGUAAUUUCCGACUAAAUUUGGCCCAUCUCCGAUGAGGUCUUAAACUUGGCGGGACGCAUUGAAGAUGAAUGACCCAUCAUAUUGCAACCAGCAGUUUCGGAUGAAGUAGGACCAACAUGAAGGAUCCCUUUAAAAUAGCCCUUACUCACUUUUCCAAUAAAUCUCAGUACGUGUACCCAUUGGCAAUUGUUUUUUCUGUGGUAAAGACGUACGACGCCUUGCGAAGCACAGAAAUUUCACUUGAAGUGAAAAAAUGGUACGAAAGUUUUCGGAAUUGAUAGAAAUCCACUGAAAGAUUCCUCUUUUUCCAUUCUUGCCGAAAUGACCUGAAAAUAGCUCUUACUUGACUCCUGAGAUUUAGGCGCUCUUUUCAGGGACAACUGUCAUGGUACAGUGAAACCUUUAUUAAGCGGACCCCCAAUUAAGGGGACACCCUCUGCUAAGCGGACACUAAGCCGGGUCCCGAAAUUAACAUCUUAUAUUUCCCUUUACAACGAACCCCUAUUCAGCGGACACCUCUAUAAAGCGGACGCGGACACUAAAAUAAAUUUUAUUUGGCUAAUUUAAAAACCUCUAUUAAGCAAACGCCGGACUGAUUGACAGUCGGUAGUAUUGGAAAUACUUGGAAAUACCUACUGUAGUCUAUCAAUAGCGAUAAAUCAAUACAUUUAGCAGUAGCUGUCAAUAAACUUUAGAUUAGACCGAUAUCCCGCCGUAUAAUUGUCAUCCGCGAUCAAAGUUCACCUAAAAGUCUUGCACAAAAUACAGCACAGCUUCCUUAGCCUACUUAAAAACAUGGAACUUUAUCACUAAACAGAGUAACCGUUGAGUGUUAAUCGUUAACAAACAUUGCGCAAUUUUAACAACCUCUACUAAGCGGACACCCUCUAUUAAGCGGACACUUGGGAAGGUCCCGAAGGUGUCCGCUUAAUAGAGGUUUCACCGUAUUUCGGUUGAAACCUCAGGGUGGUACGAUUCGUUCCGAUUCGAGGGUAAAAUAAUAGUACGAGAUUCUUUCCUACGGUUAUUCCUUGCAAAGGGUAAACGUUUCUUAUCACACAUGAAAAUGGUUUUACGUUUGUCAAGAGACCCUGUCGUAAGUAACUUUGUACAGUAUCGCCUCUAUUGUCUAUCUCACUCCACGUUUACGUUGGAGAAUAUAACACCAUGAAUUGUAAACUGCAAGCAAAGUCGGUUCGUUUUCCGAAAGUAGACGUAGAACAUGAAUUAUAAUUAAAUUUCCAUCUGAACAGAACUAGCACAAAAGCUGUCUUUUGUUGUUGUUGUUGUUGUUGUUGUUUUUUUUGUUUUUUUUUUUUUCAUGUAUACUGCAUCAGACGAUUUCUUGUGUAGGUGUUUAUUUAUAUAUUUAUUUUUUAUAUUUUUAUUUUUCCAGCUUUCGUGAUGACCCUUUUUGUUUAAAUGUCAAGGUUGAUGUUAGAUGUCCCGGGGACUUGACCGUUGAGUUCUUCAGCAACAGCGAGCGAGAUGAAGAUAAAUUGUUGUGUGAAAUGGACGUAACGCUUCCUCCUCAAUCAAGUGAUCCUGACGUAAGUGCCGUAAUUUAAUUGGUACUGUGAUAAUUCAAUCGAUGCCAUGUCGUUUACUAUAUCUCACUUCAAUUGUCCAAAACUUCUAGACUACGAGUAGUCCCCCAUUUUCCCUGAGGAAAAAAGGGGUACUCCUCGUAGUCUACAAAACCUCUGACCUUAGGCCCGGUUAUUCUGGUAUCCGGGGUCUUUUUUAAUCAGGUAUGCAGUAUUUUGGGUAUCAAAUAUAAUAAUAUGUUGACACAGUGAUCAAAAUAUGCUCGCCAGAGAUUCGCAAGGGGCUGGCAAAGGAGUGAAUGUAAUAUGCUUAAACAAUACCAAAACUCAUGCUGAAAAGCUCCACAAAUUUAAAACGAUAUUUUUCUUUCUUUUACAUGGCAACACUUCAACAAUUCCUGCACUGUCAGACUGAAAAAUAUUUGCUACAUCUGACUUUGUUCGAUGGUACCGAACACAAGGUGUUAUUAUCGCUCUCAGGUUUAUACCAUUCUGUUAUCUUUCGCAGAAAACACCAGUCGAAUUCUUCGGUUUACCCUUUGAUGACCAGACCCUACAUGAAGCGAGAUUCACUGAUGGCAUUCUAGCUGGAUGCCGUGGGGUGUUGGAAGAAAUAGGAAAAAGGAGUAUUUAUGACGACCACUUGUCUAUUACCCCGACUAGAGAGGCUAUGAAAAGCUUUUUCAGGGAGUUGGCAAAACUAUCUCCCGAGCAUCAACAAAUGUGUUUUGAUCAAAUUGUUAUUACGUUAAGAGGGAUGGGAGAAGGAGUAAGACAUGUAAAGGAUCACCUUGUUGCCGGUAAGCUUUUUAAAAAUAUAGAAAGAAAUAAAAUAGGCUUGUGAAUCUUUAACUCGGCACUGUCCAUUAUUUAACAGUUAAUGAAUGAGGCUGAGUAUCUUAUGAAGAAUUAUGGAGAUGGAGGUGUUAUCCGUCGAGGCCGUAGGCCGAGGCUGAUAACCCCCUCCGAGAUCUCCAUAAUUCUUCAUAUGAUACGCAAGCCGAAUUCAGUAAUUGUUUUAUUAUUCAUUCAAAAUAAUUCCUAGUUUAAAAGCAAAGCUAAAACAUGCUUACCUCCAUCGAUGUUAAGUUCACCUUCGAUAGUACACGUUUAAAGUUUUUCAGCUCCGCAAAUGUUCUCCAAAUAGCAGAUGUCGCCCUUCGAGUUGUGUUCUUGCCAUGUUUUUAUCUAUAAUUUCGCCUAGUUCUUACUCUUGAAACGAGUGAAAUGUCCGCCAUUUUUUGUUUUUCACAACCAAAACAACUCAACCUCGUCCCCAGGUCUUCUCGGUUAACGGUGCAUUAACCUGCAAGAACGCUGCAUUUUUGUCAUUUCCUCCUUAAACAUAAAAUUCUUCCGAAUUUGGUCAUCAGUAACUGGUUAUGGUGAAUUAUGCGUGUGCUUUUAGCCAAUCAGAAUCGGGGAAAUAUUUUGAAUGAAUAAUAAUAAUAAUAUUUACAGGGUUUGUGUAGGUCUUGGAAAACCUGGAAAGUCAUGGAAUUUGAGAAUUUCAUUUUCCAGGCCUGGAAUUUAAUUGCCGGUCCUUGAAAGUCAUGGAAAAAUAGUUUUUCUUUCUAUCCAAAUGAUUUGGUUAAUACUAAAAUUCUUGACUCAGUCGACAGUUCGCGUCUGGGUGAUGGUUGUUAUUCAUUCAUCUCCAUUUCUGAUUGGGAAAGCUAGUAGUACUGACAACAAUUAAAAUGUCAGUGGUAAAAUAAGGUCACGCAAAAACAGUGGCGUGACGGUAAAUGCAGUGCUUGUGGAAUGCCUGUGAAUGUGCAUGCUGUGCGACGUCGUUCAUAUUUUUAUGUUUAAUUUUGUUCUUGCAGCUCAUGAAAAGGUUAACCAACUUCCAAGUGAUAAUGUCUGUUCAGUUGUUGCUGAGAAAGUCAAAAUGGAAUGGAAGACCUUCGCAGGUGAUCUUAGACCGCCACUAUCACAACCUGUGAUCGAAGCCAUAGAGGUGGAAGAAAAUGGUAACCGAAAACAGUGUUGUCGGAAGGCUUUGAGAAGGUGGUACGAAAACAACGGAUCUGAAGCCACAAACAGGCAGAUCAUGAGGUGCCUUACAAAUAUGGGUUUUGCAAAUGUAAACUGGCAUAUAAUGAGAGAGCUUGGCUUGGUGUCGGGAGAAAAUAUGCCUGAAUCAGAGAGGCCGUGACAUUGGUUUUAACUGAAGCUGUUACUGGAGCCCAGAUUUUCAAUAACUUGCCACCGCAUCUGGAGAAAGUUGACUCUAUAGUAAUUUUUAAAACGCAGC